AUGGCAUUCUCAGGCCUUCCCCGGAGUAAAACCAAGCGACAGGAAAAGAAUCAGGGUCGCAAAUCCUACGCCUACUAUGCUGAGCGCCGGAAGAAACAUCUUGCCAAUGGAUUAACACUCCCUCAAUAUGCCCCCAGAACUAAUGUAUUGGCUGCUUCUGUACGAGGGAAAUGGAAUCGGUUCUGCUCAGAGGCCCACCUCGAUCCGGAUGCCCUGCUUCAAAACCUAACUUCAGCCGAUGUCAAGGCUUGGUUCGAUUGGAUCAAGGAAACUUUCCAGGGUUCAAUCAAAGCCCAUGGUGCGCUCUCAACCUAUUGGAGGAUGCUCAAGAGGCUUUACUUUAUGAAAAAUUCGAAAACAAUGGGCGAAUUGAUGGAAAAAGACUGCAUUAAUUAUAUGAAUAUUGUUAGUAAAGAGAUGGGCCUACGCAAACUCCCACUUCCUAAGCCGACAGAGCAAUCCGUUGACCUUCUCCAUUUUCAAACCACACAUCUUGUUCACUGUAAUGCAGUAUUCGCGGAUGAGAAACAACGGCUCUAUCAUAUGGCCGGCCUUAAUUUAUCCAGCGUUACUGCCUGUCGAUCAGUUUCACUAUUUGAUACAAGAUGUCCCGUUAAUAUUCAACCAGACGGCAAUCCAGUUCUUUCCACCGAAGGUAAUCCGGCUGACGACGAAUCUUUGCUGCUUCCGUCUAGCAGUCAGGACCAGGGACCUCUCAUUGAUUCUGGCUAUGAAUCAAACCAGAGUAAUGAUUCCUGCGAGCGAGAUAAAGAUACAUCCGAUGAGAUGUCUUCUGACAGUUCUGACUUGGAGAGUGACAUUGAUUGCAUGUCAGACUGUUCCAGUGUGACCGACGAUGGAUAUCUUGCCGGUGAUGAUAAUACCGGCACUAUUCUCUGGAGACAUAUCGAUUUCUGUAUAGUGAGAAACCCUGUGCCCGGACGCCCAAACAUCCUCGCCGCCAUUGUGACUCUACUCCAUACAAAGGGAGAGGACCGCAAGCCUCGGAUAUUUGUGAUUGAGCAUGAAGAUAAUUUGAUCUUUGACUUACUGUCACAGCUCCUGGCCAUGGCUUGGCACGACUGCAUUUUUGCCGCCGACCAUAGAGAUGUGGAGGACAUAUACACCUUCCCCAUCCCUUCACAUCGAAGGGGCAUGAAAUUGAAGAUCAAAAGUGAAUGGUUAGAUAGGCCAGUCUUUCGUGAGCCAGAGCACACUUUAAAUGGUUACCGAACAUCAGACAGCCAACCUCUCAAAUCCCAAACUUGGAGCCGCAAUCUUAAACGGACCGGAGAGAAGUCUGGUGAAGAACAGAACCUGACCCAGAAAGUUCUCCGACGUGGCGGCAUCAAUGCCAUUAACGACAAGGCGCCGGCGUCGGUUCGGGACCAGGUUGCUGACCAUGAGUCCAACGCCGUUAAAUAUUACCUGAACGAAGUGGUGAAUUUCGACACCGCCGCUGCAUUCCAUCAACGGCCAUCAAAUGAAGCGGUACAGAGGGAAUUCCGAUCAGCGACCCUCCUCGCAGACAACACUGCUCCCCUGAGUCUGACAGACCAGCAGAAGCGCCGAAUUGCCAGAGACCCCCAAGUCCGGCGACUGCGGAAAGUAUGCCGGGGCCUAACCCAGGCAAUCCGUCAAAGCAAGUACCGAACCGUCAAGGGAGCUAAGGGGACCAAAAUCGGUGAGGAAAAGCGGCAAGCAGAUGCAGAACUUCAUAGCAAACUUACCGAACUUCGACAAAAGGCAAAGGAAAAUAACCGCCGACGGCAUUUUCGAAAUACAGACACGACUCUUUUCAACCAGCGAUAUGCGAAUGGCGCUCAGUCCAAGGAAAGCGAGGCCCAGCACCGCUCUCUCCACUGCUACGAGAUCCCAGAACGCGCAGAGCUGGUGGAUUUACUUUUCUACACCCCACCUGCGAAGACAGAGGAAGAGGCUUUUUUUCGUCGAUUAAGGUACAUUCGCCUCAUGGUCCGGUGGCAGGGUCGGAAAGAAGCUCCUCGUAGGGGACGGCAAGCGGCUGUGGCAGCUGUGCCCCAACCCCACCCAUCCCGGGCAUCCCCGGAAAACACGGUUCCAGAGAAAUAUGACCCGUUACAAUGUCCGUUUUGCCUGGCAGACCAAAGUCUUCCUCCUGCCCAUCGUGAAAAGAAGAAAAGCAAAAUCAAUAAACUCUGGGAUCAUGUGGAGAAUCUACAUAGGGCAGAGCUCGCAGCGUUCGUGACUGGGACUCGACGCUGUGGAUUAUGUGGCCUGAGGAACGUCGAUUUCGUCCCUUGCAGUGUACCGAAUUUCAAGAACCACACCCAGACAGUUCACGGAAUCCGCCUUCGAACGUGA